AUGUUUACUACUAUAUCGCCAGUCAUUGUAGAUUUCGGAUUACUCACCCAAACUUCAAGUGUUAAGAUGACCGGCAGAGGCAACCGGCAAAGAGACGGUAACGACAAUCGUGAUGGGCGCCGGGAUAACCAGCGUGGUGGUUUCAAACGACGCAAUAAUGACCCGCGGCGACGACAGCAGCAACUCGCUCAGGACGACAAACGCGAACGCCAGCCCUUUGUGCCAUGGCUAGGAGAAGAGCGGCCCAAUAAGGGCCCUAUUAUUGAUCUUGAUAAAUACAAGGACAAAAAAAUCAGCGUCGAGUUCUCUGGGGGCCGGCGAAUCGAAGGCACUCUGACUGGUUAUGACUCUCUUAUGAAUAUGGUUUUGGAGGACGUGGUCGAGAUUCUCGACGAGGGUAAAACCCGCCAACUUGGGCUCCUAGUCGCUCGCGGAGGUCCCAUUAUUCAAACAGUUUAUCCUGUCGAAGGCAGUGCCGUUAUCGACAAUCCCUUUUAA